GUGAGUGGGAUAAAUUGUGGAGAAUCACCACAGGAGCUAUGGGAACACCUCGAAGGACGGGAUACAUUCCUAUUUUUACACUUACGGGGUUUAAUGGAACUCAGAUGGCUGAGAAAUGGCAAAAUCUCAACAGUACGUUAUUGACUCCAUCCGGUAGAGAAUUUAUUAUAAAUGGAACUUGCCAACAGACGAUGUGGAAGUUAGAUACUACUGAGAUUGGCGAAUGGGGUCCGCCGCAAUGGGAUGUACAACUAGAUGGCAGCCAAUGUAACCGUCAACAGCCGUUCAUAACAUUUCGAUAUCAGUGCCAUCGACAAUUUUCAUCCGUUCCUGCAGAAGCUGGUAUUUAUCGAUUGCAACAACCAGGAAAAGUUCUUCAAUUUGAAGUAUUAGCAGGGGAAAAUGAUUUGCUAAAACCACGGAAACAUCCUUUGAUUGGUCCACAUGUCGUGAAAAAGGACCAUAAGAUGAGAGCAAUGCUAACUCCGGUUCGUUCUUUGAAGGAAAUCAGAUUGGAUCUGACAGGAUUAAACAUAUCUCAAGCAGUUCCAGAAUGUGCUCCAUAUGUUACAACAAGCCAUGAAGGAUGGAAAAACUGGAUAGAUUUAUGGUAUACAGCUCAGCUGGCAAAGACUCGUUUCGCCAGAGGACUGGACACAAUAUUGGGAGCAUCAGGUUUAGCAGCUGGAGCAUUGGACGCAAUGGACAUAGAAGUGCUAGCUAACAAGAUUAGUUACACUACUGCAGAUAUAAAGAAAAUGGGAACUCCAAUUGCUUCAUCAUUGGUUAAGUUAGGCAUAGGACAGAAGAUGAUAGCUAGUAUUUUACCCUUUUGGCAACAGGUAGAACAGAAAGAUGAGGAAGCUGUGGUGCAAGGACUCGCAUCAUUACAGAUAAGUAGUGCGCUGGCUUUGGCCUGCACUCAGGCACAAGAUCUCGCUCAAAUGGUAGUUAUGCAAAUCAUUCGAGAAGGGUUAUUGGGGAAUUUGCCCAUAGAAAUCAGAUCUUUGCUUUGGAAUAAUGUAACCCAAGGAGAACGGGAUUUGGUUGAUUGGUGGAAGUUAGUGAAUUUUACAUAUGAUCCUCUUCAAUCUAAAGUCAAAGCAUUUGUGCUCACUGUAUAUCAAACUGAUUACUAUGAUGUAUACCCUAUUGUACCUUUAGGACUUCAGAUGGCAGAAGGUUUGGUAAUGUAUGCUACAGACCAUCACUCUUGGGCCUAUAUGAAACAAGGUAAAUGGGAAACUUUAAACAUGGAAGGAUGUGUGUAUUAUGAUAACUUAGGCUUCAUUUGUGAAGAUUAUAAUUUUCAGCAGAGAGAUGAAUGUUUUCAUGAGAACCUGAAUGGAUCACAACGUUGUACUUUUGAAAUUAUGUCUGAAUGGGGAUCUUCUGUAGUAUAUGUUGGUUCUGGAUGCAUUUGUGUGAGAACACACUGUCCUCUAAUCCAUGUGGAUGAAUUUCAGUUAUUUUAUGUAUCACCACAGAUAAGUCGCUGUUAUUGCCACGUAACGCAAAUCAGAGGAUGUAAUUUUCAUUAUCAUGUUCCUCAAUGGACAGCUCAAUUAAUGCAGCAGCAUCCACACUUGUACACAAACAUACAACCUGUAACACUAGGAAUGGAUUUGGAAGUUUUAAGAAAGCUAGUCCAACAUCCUGAGUUACAGAAACACCUACAGACAGUUAAGCAGACAGGAGAUUCAAUAGCAAUGGAAGUUCAACAUGAUGGGUCUCGAAUCUUGAAAGUGGCAGAAAGGAUAGCCACCAUAGGAGGAGAAUCUUUGUGGUCCUCCAUUUUCUUUGAUGUCCUCAGUCCAACCGCAGCAAGCUUUUUAAGGUUCGUGACACACCCUAUUAUCGUUUUGCUUCUUUGUCAAAUAUUCUUGUUCCUUUUCCUGUUAGUGAUUGUCAUUUGGAUUAAGCAUAAGCUGAAACAAUUACAAGGAUUUUGAUAUGGGCUAGAGUUUUCAUUGUCGGGGAGCAGCAUACAAAACCCCUGUGCCUAGAUAACGCAGCCUGACGGCUCAGGUUGGUCUGUUUGUGGUGUGAUUGUGAAUUUGGAAGCCUACGUCUUCCUUAUCAUUCCCAAUCAAGAGGGGGAGAUGUUGUAUUCCUGUAUGAGUGAAACCGGCCUAUUUUCUGAGAUCCUGGAAUCCAUUUUAAGUAUGGAAAGCAUCAGACUAUUUUACUUGACAUACAGCUAUGCUCAUUUGGACGAAUUCCAAUAUGACAUAUUCUGAACGAGAAAGGACGAAGUGUUUGCUUUUGCUGUUUGCAUUAGCCAGUGUACAGAAGCAAAAAUCGAUAGCAGGUCAGUAUCUUGUCAGUCGGCCAGAACCUGAUCACGCUCAGUGUCACAGAAACCUAGCAGAAAAGGAGGGGCUGACAGACCAAAAACUCAGAGGUUUGCUUUAAACGGAUAACUUUUCUCUCUUUUAAGAUUCAAAGACGUUAAAACACAGUAAUUCAUACAUCUAUUCUUAUGUCCAAAGAAGGAAGACACUAUGCACACACUAACAAUCAUGGGAACACAAUUAAAGAAAGGAACAUGAGGAAAAUCCACAGCAAGAGAGAUUCAUUUAAAGAGCUUUUGGUUUUAGGAAAAGAAUCACUGACUGACCGAUUUCAGACUCAGCUCAAACCAUUCAGAGACACUUAGAGACACUGUCUUGACUGUAACAUCACGCUGACACUAAUUACAUGAUU